AAAAGCCUGAUUGGUAGGAUUCCUCCAAAGACUCAGCCCCAAGUGCUUUAAGCCAUCCCCUCACUAACUUCAAAACUGCAGCUUGCCGAGAAGCACUGGAGAAAAAAACUGCUGGGUUCCAUCAUUUCACACAGAUGGCCAAUUCUGGAGGUGGUGCUGUUUGCAAUGGAAAACUACCCAAUCACAAGAAACAGAGUGACAGCUCACAGAAUGGAAACUGUACAAAAAAUGGAAUAGUGAAAGAAGCCCAGCAAAAUGGGAAGCCACAUUUUUAUAAGCCAAUUGUUGAAUCCUUUGAGGAAGCACCUCUUCACGUUAUGGUUUUCACUUACAUGGGAUAUGGAAUUGGAACCCUCUUUGGCUAUCUCAGAGACUUUUUGAGAAACUGGGGAAUAGAAAAAUGCAAUGCAGCUGUAGAGCGAGAAGAACAAAAAGAUUUUGUGCCGCUAUAUCAAAACUUUGAGAAUUUUUACACACGGAACCUUUACAUGAGAGUAAGGGACAACUGGAACCGACCCAUUUGCAGUGCCCCGGGACCCCUGUUCGACAUGAUGGAGAGGGUGUCGGAUGACUACAACUGGACAUUUAGGUUCACUGGAAGAAUCAUCAAAGAUGUCAUAAACAUGGGCUCCUAUAACUUCCUUGGCCUGGCAGCCAGGUACGAUGAAACUAUGAAGACAGUGAAAGAUGUUUUAGAGGUGUAUGGUGUAGGUGUGGCCAGUACCAGACAUGAAAUGGGAACCUUGAAUAAGCAUGAAGAGUUGGAGGACCUUGUGGCUAAGUUCCUGAAUGUAGAAGCCGCCAUGGUCUUUGGGAUGGGAUUUGCAACUAACUCAAUGAAUAUUCCUGCUCUAGUAGGAAAGGGAUGCCUCAUUUUAAGUGAUGAAUUAAACCAUGCAUCUCUCGUGCUUGGAGCCAGACUCUCAGGUGCAACCAUAAGGAUUUUCAAACACAACAACAUGCAAAGCCUAGAGAAGCUCCUGAGAGAUGCUGUAAUCUACGGCCAGCCUCGAACCCACAGAGCUUGGAAAAAGAUUCUCAUCCUGGUGGAGGGCGUCUACAGCAUGGAAGGUUCCAUUGUGCAUCUGCCCCAGAUCGUGGCUCUAAAGAAGAAAUACAAGGCUUACCUCUACAUAGAUGAAGCUCACAGUAUUGGGUCUGUGGGUCCAACUGGCCGAGGUGUAGCGGAAUUCUUUGGAAUGGACCCUGGAGAUGUCGACGUGCUUAUGGGCACAUUCACCAAAAGCUUUGGAGCCUCAGGAGGUUACAUAGCAGGAAGGAAGGACCUGGUGGAUUAUUUACGGGUUCACUCACAUAGUGCUGCUUAUGCUACAUCCAUGAGCCCCCCAAUAGCAGAGCAAGUCAUCAGAUCAAUGAAAUUCAUCAUGGGACUGGAUGGGACCACACAAGGGUUAAAGAGAGUACGGCAACUUGCAAAAAACACAAGAUACUUCAGACAGAGACUGCAUGAAAUGGGAUUCAUUAUCUAUGGCAAUGAGGAAUCUCCCGUUGUUCCCCUGCUCCUUUACCUACCUGCUAAAGUAGCGGCUUUUGGAAGGCAUCUACUAAACAGAAAAAUUGGGGUGGUGGUCGUAGGAUUUCCAGCUACUCCCCUAGCAGAAGCUAGGGCACGGUUCUGUGUUUCAGCAGCACAUACACGAGAGAUGUUAGAUAAGGUAUUGGAAGCCCUGGAUGAGAUGGGUGACCUUCUGCAGCUGAAAUAUUCCCGGAACAGGAAGUCAGCACGUCCUGAACUGUACGACGAGACAAGCUUUGAACUCGACGAUUAAGUUUCCUGGAUCUGACUAGAACCUAAAGACUUUGCUGGAAAGACUUUCUCCUUGCUUCAAAAGGAAUUUAAGUGGAUCCUCUCCCUUUCCAAGGGCAGUUUGGUUUCCAAACCAGUUUAAUUGAACCAAGGGAGACAUUGUUGUGUUCUUAAUGUCUCGCACUCAGGACUGCAGAGACAAAAAUAUGGUUUCAGAUUUUAAGUUUCUCCUCUCCCAAGUAUCCUGCUACAAGUACACACACACACUUCUUAGAAUGUUUUUAAUAGCAGUGAGCCUGUGUUUAAGCUGCUACUGUGCAACCUCUUUAGUCCAGACCCCUCCAGGAAUUCUAAUCGAAAGGGUUUUGAUUUUUAAUUCAGUAGAUCUCACUAUGUGUUUACUUACUCCAUCUGCAGAUGUGGGCAAGUGUGGUGGGCAGUAGCUGACCUUCUUGUUCACCGUGUGAAAGCACCAGCUAGAACUCUUUCGUAUCACAGGAAGUUCAGGCAGGAAGGUAAAGAAAUGUUGCUUCUACCAUUUGCCACAUUUGGACUUUUUCCAAAGACAAGUGUCAAAAGCCAUAGUUGAUGUUUUGAGGGAUAAAGCAGAACUAGCCAGGAGGGCCCAGAGACAUCUUUGAAGGAAACUUCCUUUUUCCUCUCACUGGUCUCCUACAGUUUUACAGCUGAACUUUUGAGGUUCCAAAAAUUCAAGAUGUUUGUUUCUUAAGGAAGUGGGUAGAAAGCAAGCACAAGCUAAUGUUAGACCUAAACUAAAACCAUAAAGUUAGAAGAACUUGAACAGUUUUGGUGCCACACAGAGUGAAUGUUUAGCAUGUAUAGUCUUCAUGACUUUAAGGAAUGUGUUGUCAUUUUCCUAGUGAAUUUUUAGUAAAAGGUGAGAUUCAAUGUUAUUUAGAGUUGACUCUCAAGAUUACACUUGAAAAAUUGGUUCAAAAACAUCUAAAAGUAAAUUCUAUUCAACCUUUUAAAAACUGACACCCCCCUCCAUUUAGGCCAAUUAAUAUUAAAUUGUACUCUUCUGUGCCACAUGCACUUUAAUUUGGUGUAAACUUGCACAUUAUUGGCAACUAAAUGUAAUUUACUUUAGUGUCUUCUCUCUCCU